UACCAGAGGGGAAAGCGAGAAGAGAGAGAGCGAGAGCGACUGGCGCGAGAUCAGGGGCACGGUCAUUCUAUUUCUAUGGAAACGCAGCGCUGACUGUCAGAGGUGAGUGGAUGAAAAGGUGACGGCGGCGCUUUUGGAUGCGUUACGCACGCGAAGCCCUGGGUUCUUCGCUUUGUGUCAAGAUCGCACAAACAAGCUGGCAUAAUUUCUCCAAUAGUGGCUCACUAUCGUUCCUCUGAAUCUAAUCUGGUAAAGAAGGAACCUCCGGAAAGUGAACAUGCCUCUGGCACAGCUAGUUGACCCUUGGCGAAAGAUGACACUCGGGAGUGCGGCGAGCGAGACUGAGCCCCAUCACGUCUUGGAGGACUCCACAGGAGAAGAUGAAAACCUACUAUGUCAAGAAGAAGUGUCUGUUAAAGAGAUCAGCAUCACACACCAUGUGAAAGAGGGCUCAGAAAAGGCCGACCCACAACAGUUCGAGCUCCGCAAGGUGCUUGGACAGGGCUCCUUUGGAAAGGUAUUUUUGGUGAAGAAAACAACAGGCCCUGAUGCAGGACAGCUUUAUGCAAUGAAAGUGCUGAAGAAAGCCACUCUGAAAGUACGAGACCGGGUCAGGACCAAGAUGGAGCGGGACAUCCUAGUGGAGGUUAAUCAUCCCUUUAUUGUUAAGCUACACUAUGCAUUCCAGACUGAAGGAAAGCUCUAUCUGAUUCUGGACUUUUUAAGAGGCGGGGAUCUUUUUACUCGACUGUCAAAAGAGGUGAUGUUCACGGAGGAGGAUGUGAAGUUUUAUCUGGCUGAACUGGCUUUGGCUCUGGACCAUCUGCAUGGACUGGGCAUCAUCUACAGAGACCUCAAACCAGAGAACAUUCUCCUGGAUGAGGACGGCCACAUAAAGCUGACAGAUUUCGGACUCAGUAAGGAGUCAAUUGAUCAUGAAAACAAAGCAUACUCUUUCUGUGGGACGGUAGAGUAUAUGGCACCAGAGGUGGUGAACCGAAGAGGACACACUUACAGCGCUGACUGGUGGUCUUAUGGUGUACUCAUGUUUGAAAUGCUAACUGGAACGCUGCCCUUCCAAGGCAAGGACCGCAAGGAAACCAUGACUAUGAUUCUGAAGGCCAAGCUUGGAAUGCCUCAGUUUCUGAGCUCAGAAGCUCAGAGUCUCCUCAGAAGCCUUUUCAAACGAAACCCUUCCAAUAGAUUAGGUGCUGGUCCAGAUGGAGUCGAAGAGAUAAAGAGACACCCGUUUUAUGCUACCAUUGAUUGGAAUAAAUUAUUUAGGAGAGAACUUUACCCGCCAUUCAAACCUGCCUCUGGUAGACCAGACGACACGUUCUACUUUGAUCCAGAAUUCACAGCAAAAACUCCCAAAGACUCGCCAGGUGUACCACCUAGUGCCAAUGCCAAUCAACUCUUCAGAGGGUUUAGUUUUGUGGCCAUAAGCUCAGAAGAGGAGUCUCAACCCCUGCAGAGCAACAGUAUGAGCUCUAUAGUUCAGCAGCUCCACAGAAACGUGUCUCAGUUCACUGACGCAUACGAGGUGAAGGAGGAUAUCGGAGUUGGCUCAUAUUCCAUCUGCAAACGCUGCAUACAGAAAAGCACAGGCAUGGAGUACGCAGUGAAGAUAAUCAAUAAAGCUAAAAGGGAUCCAACUGAGGAGGUGGAAAUUCUGUUACGCUACGGACAACAUCCUAAUGUAAUCACCCUGAAAGACGUAUAUGAUGAUGGGCGCUCAGUGUAUCUGGUGACAGAGCUGCUGAAGGGCGGAGAGCUGCUGGAUAAGAUCCUCAAACAGAAGUUCUUCUCAGAAAGGGAGGCCAGUGCUGUGUUGUACACCAUCUCAAAGACUGUGGAGUACCUGCAUGCUCAAGGGGUGGUUCACAGGGAUCUGAAGCCCAGUAACAUCCUUUAUGUUGAUGAAUCUGGGGAUCCUGAGUCAAUCCGGAUCUGUGACUUUGGCUUUGCCAAGCAGUUAAGAGCUGAAAACGGACUGCUGAUGACACCCUGUUAUACUGCAAACUUUGUAGCCCCAGAGGUGCUGAAGAAACAGGGUUAUGAUGCUGCCUGUGACAUCUGGAGUUUAGGUGUCCUUCUGUACACAAUGUUAACUGGAUUUACUCCAUUUGCUAAUGGCCCAGAGGACACGCCUGAAGAGAUUCUGGCUCGGAUCGGCAGUGGGAAGUUUUCUCUCACAGGUGGAUACUGGAAUUCCGUUUCAUCUGAGGCCAAGGACUUGGUGUCUAAGAUGUUGCAUGUAGACCCCCAUCAGAGACUAACGGUUGCACAAGUGUUAAGACAUCCCUGGAUCAUCCACAAAGACCAGCUUCCCAAAUACCAGCUAAACAGGCAGGAUGCCCCCCAUUUGGUUAAGGGGGCGAUGGCUGCUACCUACUCGGCCUUGAAUAGGAAUGUUCCUCCAGUGCUUGAGCCCGUGGGCUGCUCUGUUCUCGCUCAGCGCAGGGGGGUGAAAAAACUGACCUCCACUGCUCUAUGAGCACAUACAUACCACAUCCAACCUCUAGCUUGGUCUGAGCAAAGCCUAAACUCGGCUUGCUUGCUGCGGUGCCCACCUUGCGUCAAGGCCUUGGAGCCAAGCAUAGGUUCUGAGGACCCCUGGUGGACAAUCAAAAUCUUCCUUCUCUUGUUACAACGAGGUCAAAAAAUGUCACCUGUACAAUUAUUGCUGCCUCCAAACCUCAGAAGAAUCAGGAUAGUUCUGUGGACUUCAUCUGAGUAACUGUAUCAUUCAUGAAUAUAAACCUGUAAACAUGCUGUAUAUCAGCCAUUAUAUAAAGCUACGAAUUUCAUGUAUUCAGGGAGGGUGGGGAUUUUACAGAGGAAACUUUUGAUAUUGUAACAAAUUCCAGCAGUUAAAUGUGCCGAAGUGUGCACGCAGUUGAGAAAAGCUCCAGUUGUAUUGGGGUGUUGUAUGUGGGGAAAGUUCUGUGCUUUCAAAUCAACACUGAAUAUUCCAAGUAAAUUGUAUAUGUUCUAACUUAUAUCUGCUGCACUUGUCCCCUAUCUCAAAUCAUGAAAGCCGCUGUCCCACCAUUACUUUGGUUUUUCCCAGCAAACUUUAUUUUCCUAUUUAUCCUUUAACAAAAAAACUGUGAGAAAGCCCUCUAAGCAGACCCAAACAACACUGAAAGACGAGUCAUUUUUGUCUUCAUUGUUUUAUGAUGGUUGCUAGUGUUAACUCAAUGUUCACUUUUGGGUGAACUAUCCUCUUGAGUCAUUUACUCACCCUUGUGUUGUUUCAAACCCACUUACUGUCUUCUGUGGCACAAAAAAGAUGAUGUUAAGCAGAAUGACAGCUUCAGUCACCCUUCACUUUUAUUGUAUGGAAAAAAGAUGCAAUUAAAGUGGAUGGUAACUGAGGUUAACUGUAUGCCCAUCUUUUGUGUUCCGCGGAAGAAAGUCAGUCACACAGAACAACAUGAGUGUGAGUAAAUGACAGAAUCAUCAUUUUUGGGUGAACUGUUCCUUUAACAUAUAUUUUUUUACAGGACAACAAUGUGAAAGAGGUCCAGAGCACAAAAUUGCAGUGGAGGCCAACAUGUAAGCAGCAAAGAAUGUCAAAUAGAGAACUCAGGUGAAAUGCAAUACAUAAAUAAGCUGGAAAGGAAAAUGUAUACAGCUGUAUCGCCUCACCUAAAAACCUGCUGACCUGUGUAAUUGUUGUAUGUAGGAAAGUAUUGCUCAGAGAUAUAUGUAGUGACUUUUUGAAGUGACUACUCACAGCCUUAGACAUAUUUUUAUAAAUGUGCAUGGGCAAGAUGCUAUAUUAGCUUGUAGCUCUGUGGAAGUGGAUGUUUAUGAGCAUAAUUGAGUAAGUUUCCCCACUCUUUUAAUUCCUUUUUUUUUUUUUUUUUUUUCUUCAAAGCAAGUACAUUUUCUUUUCAUCUCAGUUGUAUUUCUCCUGUCUUGGAAGAGUGCUGGAAAAAUGUUGCUGUCCAUGUAAGCAAGCUGCUAGCCUGUUCUUUCAUUUUGUACAUGUUUUUUCUUUCGUUUGUACAUGUAGAAAUAAAGUUGCCAUUAAAAAA